UCUACAUCCCCUACAACUUCACCAGCAACCUCACCCACCAGCACACCAAACACAUCCCCUACAACCACAUCUUCUACGACAUCUCCUACGACUACGUCUGCUACAACCACGUCUGCAACAACAUCUCCAACAACUACAUCUGCUACGACAUCUCUUACGACUAUAUCUGAUACAACCACAUCUGCUACGACAUCUCCUACGAGUACGUCAGUAUCAAUCACGUCUGCUACAACAUCUCCAACAACUACAUCUGCUACAGCUACAUCUGCUACGACAUCUCCUAUGACUACGUCUGCUACAACCACGUCUGCUACAACGUCUCCAACAACUAUGUCUGCUACAAGCACAUCUGCUACGACAUCCCCUACGACUACGUCUGCUACAACAUCUCCUACGACUACGUCAGCAACAACCACAUCUUCUACGACAUCUGCUACGACUACAUCUGCUACAACCACGUCUGCUACAACAUCUCAAACAACUACGUCUGCUACAACCACGUCUGCUACGACAUCUCCAACGACUACAUCUGCUAUGACUACCUCUCCCACUACAUCUGUGACAACAUCUGCCACCACAACCUCAGACACUACUUCAGGAACAACACCAUCAUCACCGACAACGAUAGCAAGCAAUUUUAAUGAUGUCGUCUCCGAGUGUGCGUCAGGAACGUCAGCGGAAUGGCGUCGGAGCGACGUGGACUGCUCUGUGUUCUACCGUUGUGUUCAGGGGAUGGUGUACACCUUGAGUUGCCCCACCCCACUGGUGUUUGACCUCGUCUACAAGACAUGCAACUGGGUGUGGGCAGUGUCCAGCUGUUCUUGACCUCGUACUGCGCCGUAGGCACCAUUGGUGUCAAU